CGGACCUCAAAAUAUAUACAGUGGUCACUUGCCUCUCUGCCCGAGAGCAGCUACCCCAGCGCACGGACCUCAGCAGUGCCUGCAAAAAGGAGCAAACCAGCAGAACUAGGUGCCUGCCCUUUUCACAGAAGAGUCUCCCCGUUAGGCUCCGCCAUCAUCAGCCUGACAUCCACUUGUACUUUCAAGGCGAGGAGGAAGCAGCGUGGACGAAACAAGAGGCGUGACACAGCCGAGACUCACAGACAGAUAGUUCAGCAUGAUGAUGCUUUUCAUGGCCAUAUUAUCCUUUGUCCUGAUGUUUUAUGCCCUGUUCUGGGAAGCUGGCAACCUUGUUGAUCUUCCUAACAAACGACUCGGUUUCUAUAACCUCUGCCUGUGGAAUGAGGCGGCUCAAAAGCUACAGUGCCUGGUGUACAGGGAUCUGGAGGGCAUUGCGGUCAACCCAGAAAUAAUAAAGUUAGCUAUUUUUUGUGCAUAUUCACCUAUGGUCUUCAUCCUGUUUUAUGUUAUUUUCAUCUCCUUUGCAGAGCACACUCUUGAAAGACAGCAUAGGACUGCUCUUUGGAUCACACCAGUCUUCAGCGCAACACUGCUGCUGGUUGGUCUUCUCUUGUUUUUGUCCCAGGUCUGGGAUUGGAUUUAUAUCUCUGACCUUAGCUGUGCCUUCCUAGCACUAGUUUUUUCUCUGGUCCUGAUGCUGCUUCAGGCUCUCACUGCCUUCAGGUGCCUCAGGUUGGACAGACAUGAGGACUGAGAGCAGAAGGGACGCUCUCUCUUGCAUGGCUGCACUUUAAAAAUCAAAUAAUCCCACUACAGCUUUUGGCAAGAAAUUGACCUGCAGGAUGAGUAACUCCUGUCCAGCCGCACUGACACGCCACAGCCAUGUCCAGGCCCUCAACCCAGGCUGCCAGCGGGGCUCCUGCAGCGAGGAAUGGUGAAGGCGUGGACCACCAUGCAGGAGGGACACAGUGCCGUGCCACAUCCGUAACCUCGCAUGAGGCAGCGCUGGCUUUCCACUCUGCCCCUCUAGGCGCAUGAGGGCCCAUCUUCUCAUCUCUCCUUCUGCAGGGUCUCGGCGGUAACGCUGGUUUGACUGCUUCC